AUGCGCUACUGCGACACGGCGCCCGGCGACGCGUCCAAGCCCCUGGUCGUGCUCAUGCACGGCUGGCCCGAGAGCUGGUUCUCCUGGCGGCACCAGCUCGCGUCGCUCGACGCCGCGGGCUACCGCGCGGUCGCGCCCGACCUCCGGGGCUUCGGGGGCACGGACGCGCCCGCGGACACGGCGGACUACGGCGUCGCGAAGCGCACGGGCGACAUGAAGGCCCUCCUCGACCACCUCGAAACGGACGAUGCCGCCUUCGUCGGCCACGACCACGGCGCCUUCACGGGCUGGCUCCUCGCGCAGCUCGAGCCGGAGAUCGUGCGGUGCUACUACGCGCUCUCGGUGCCCGUCCGCGCGAAGCGGCGUCCUGUGACCGACGCGCGCGCCGCGCAGAUGGCCCUCCAGUUCGGCGACCGCGUCGACGGCGCGACGCCGCCCCUCCACGAGCUCCGCGGCGACCUCUACGACGGCGACGCGACGCCGGCGAUCUGGAAGCGGAUCCCGCAGCCGACGAAAUUGGCGCCCUGGGUCACGCAGGCCGAGGUCGAUUACGUGGUCGACGAGUACGAGCGCAACGGCUGGGAGGGCGGGCUCCACUGGUACAAGACCAUGGACCCGGACUGGGAGGCGACCCCGCAGCUGAAGGGCGACGGGCGGAAGCUGAAAGUGCCCGCGGGCUUCCUCGCGGGCACCGAGGACCUGGUGGUGGACAUGUUCGGCGGCGUCGAGAAGAUCACGGCCGACCUGAAAGCGACCUGCGCGGCCAACGACCCGCCGAUCACCUUCCUGGAGGGGGGCGGGCACUGGAUCCAGCAGGAGCGGCCGGGCGACGUCAACGAGAAGCUCCUCGAGUUCCUCGCCGAAUACAACUAA